AGGGGGCAGCAGCUCGGUCUGGUUGUUUCUGUCCGUAGAAGAAGAAUCUGGAGGUUUUUUUGUGUUCGUGCAGAGGAUGGUCGCGGUGCAGAGAAUCUAGCUUUAAUUAAAUAACGUAAUAAUUAGUUUAAAAUUUAAGUAAAGUUCCUGAACGGUUCAGAGCUCCGUUAAAUCAACGCUGGAGCAGUCAGCUGACUGACCGCGGGACGCGUCACCAGCUCUGCGAGAGGACAUGUAUCGUGGUCGGCCUCCUCCGAGAGGAGGAUACCCCCCGGCUUUCGAAGGCCGAGGUCCGAGGCCUUACCCGGCACCGUCCUACAGGGACGACAGGAGCCGGCCCAGGCCGCCCUACCACCCCGGCUUCCACCCGGACUCCUACCGCCGGUCCCCGCCGCGCCGGAGGUAUCCUUCCCCCGCGUCAGGAAGUCACCGAGGCGGGGAGUACUGGGCCGGUGGUCCGCCGAGAGAAAGGUCUCCGUCACCUCGUGGACCUCUCGACCACAACCUGGUCAUCACCGUCGGUAACGAGCUGAUUGGACCAUCUGGCUCUGCCCCCUCACGACAUCAUGACAGAGACUACCCUCCUCGACCCGAGUAUGAGCGGGGCCGGAGCCGACCUCGCAGCCGCAGUCCGGAACGGAGCCGGGCCAAGAGCCGGGGCCGGAGCAAGAGUCGCAGUCUGGACCGGAGCAGAGCCAAGAGUCGGGGCCGGAGCAAGAGUCGCAGUCCGGACCGGAGCAGAGCCAAGAGUCGGGCGAGGAGCAAGAGCCGGCCCCGCAGCCAGAGUCGUAGUCCGGGCCGGAGACGGGCCAAGAGCCGGGGACGGAGCCGGAGCAAGAGCCGCAGUCCGGACCGGAGUCGGGCAAAGAGCCGGGGCCGGAGCAAGAGUCGCCACCACAGCAGGUCUAGAUCUAGAUCUAGAUCCAGAUCCAGAGGGCUGAGCUACGGACGCAUUAAGAGCUCACAGAGGAGUCGCAGCAGCAGUUCGAGCUCGAGCAGCGGAGAAGACAGCAAUGAGAAAUUCGAGAAAGGGUUCAGAGAACUGGAGACGGCCCGACGCAGGAAGGAGCUUGAGGAGAUGCUGAGUCUGCCGACAAAAUCCAUCCUGAAGAAACGCAACGACUCUGAGGACUCGCCAUCACUCAGGAGCUCAGACUCUCCCAGAGGUCUGGACGGCUCCAGCAUGUCUCGGGUGGCCGACCAGCUGCUGCAGGCUGUUAAAGGCAUGGAGCCUCACAUGGUGGCGUCAAUGCUGUCGGAGCUGCGGUCCGACCCACAGAUGGCUCACCGCGCCGGCCUCGACGCUGAGAUCAAAGAGAUCCUCCACCUGCUGGGGGGACCGUCGGGGGCCAAGGCUCAGGAGAAGGUCAUUGAUGACAUCGACGAUGAGGAGAGGUUCCUGUACGGAGACUCGGAGGAGCCAAAACCUCAACCGGUGUCCGAGCCGGUCCGACUCCACGGGCUAGAUCUGUACGGAGAUGUGACAGAGGAGGCGUUGUACGGAGACUACCCUCCACAGAAACCUGUCAUCGCUCAGAUGUAUGGCCUUCCACCAGGGGCCUCACCUCAUAUUCAGGCCCCUCCCACCAUGGGGGAGAUGGACAUGAGGUACGCGAGCCAACCCUCCAUCAGCCCAGACAGGAACAUCACUGUGCAGGUGCCGAACCCCGCCAUUCCUCCAGGGACAGAGCCACUGGAGGAGGGCGAGCGCCAGGCACUGGAGGAGUACGAGAAAAUCCAGGAUUUGUUGAAGACCAUUGGCCUGGACCUGGGCGUGACUGAGAUCAGCAAGAUGGCUGCCAGGACCAAAGAGCGUCUCCAUGGAAACAAGCCACCUCCAAAGACACCCACACGCCGCAAGCGGUACUCCUCCGGCAGCUCAGAUGACAGCAGGGGCCGCAGGAGGCGGAGCCACAGUGGCAGCUCCAGCAGCACCAGCAGCCGCAGUCGCAGCCGUGGGCGGGGGGGCAGCUGGAGCAGUGACGACGGCCGCAGGAAGAGCUCGGUGCUGUCCAAAUCUCACAAAGACUCCAGAGAGCCGAAGGCUGAGCCGCAAGCUGUCACACUGCCGCCACAAACAGAGCCGCCACUACAAACCCCCAACCCCAAAAUCCUCCCGCCUCACCCAGGGAUGCCCAUACCCUCGUACCCCCCCUCACAGGUCCACGGCCUGAUGCCCCCCAAUUUCCCUCCACCAGCUUAUGGCCAGUACGGAAACUACCUUCCCUACAUGCACCAGCAAUGGCCGCCCAUGUACCCGCCCCCCAACAUGGCCCAGCCCCCCCCCACCAGCCCAGACGAGUUCCCGCCCACUCUGCCCUACAAACACGCCUACAAAAAACCAGAGCCUGAGCCGGGGGUCAAAGUUGUUGUGUCGUCAGGCAUGGUGAAGAGUUCUGUUCAGGAUGGUGAGAAGGGAAAUGUCAGCAGUCAUGAGAAGAGAGUGUCCGAGGAACAGAACAACGAGAGCCAGAAACAGAAGGUUUUGGAGGAGAGGGAGAAGCUGAAGCAGGAACGAGAGAUCAGGAUGAAGAAGAAGGAAUAUCUGAUGAAGGAGCUGGAGAGACUCAGGAAGCAGCAGGGUGAGCUCCUGAGGAAGAAGCGGCGGGAGAAGGGUGGCCACAAAGACCCUCUGUUGCAGGAGAUCAGCCGCCUGCAGGAGGAGGUCAUGGCUCAGAUCUCUAACCUGCGUAAAGAGCAUGAGGCUGCCGAAAAGAAACGCAACGAGAUUGAGAAGGUCGCGCACAUACUUGGCCUCGUCCCGUCCGACCGGCCCCGCAGGACAGCUAAACUGGUUGAGGACCAGGAGGACGAACCACCGCCGCCGCUUCCGCCUCCGCCAGAGAAGAAGAAACGCGAGGCGGACUGGAGUCCUGAGGGACGGCAUGCGGCCAGCAGCUCCACAAUAAAGCAGAGCCCAGUGAUGCUGUCGUCGUCGUCAUCUUCCAGGGCGUCCCCGGACAAGCAGCCCGUCGCCACCCUGGCUCCACCUCCGACCCCGCCUCCGCAACCGUUUGAAUACUAUGAUGCUGGAAACCACUGGUGCAAAAACUGUAACAUCACCUCUGGUUCCAUGUUUGAUUUUUUCACACACUUGCACAGCAAAACGCACCGAAAGACUCUGGACCCGUACGACCGACCCUGGGCCGUCACUCCUACCAAGAUCAGCAAGAACCUGUCGUCAGAGGAGAAGCUGACCAAACCUGCCAAAGGUUCAGAGUUCCUGCUGCCCGUCAGAGGAUUCUUCUGCCUGCUGUGUAAAGAGUUUUACGGAGAUGCCAUCUGUGCAGAAGAACACGUUACCACUCACGCUCACAAUGAGAAGUACAAGAAACAAAUGUAUGAGAACCCGUUGUACGAACAGAGGAGGAACCUGGACCGCCAGGCCGGACUGGCCUCUGAGAACAGCGGGAAGAAACGCAAACAUGAGGACGAAGACAAUGGCAAGAAGGACAAGGAGGAAAAGUCCAAACACAAGAAGGAGAAGAAGGAGAAGAAGAAGGAAGAGGACAAUGCUACUCACAAAGAGGAGAAAGUUAAGGAGGAAGAGGAGGAAGAGGAGGAGGAGAAGCCAAAGUCGGGCAAGAAAGAGGAGGAUUUUAAGAAUGCCAAAAACCUGGAAGAGGAGAGGCCUUCGUAUAGCAAGAAAGACGAAGAUGAAAAGUACAAAUCCAGCAAGAAGGAGGAUAAAUACCGCCACAGCCGAGAGGAAGAGGAGCGAGGUAAAUACAGCAGAAGGGAUGAAGAUGACCGGUACAAGUACAGCAGAGAAGAAGAAUACCGGCACCGCUAUCGAAGGGAUGAUGAUGACCGGUAUGACGACCGUCCCAAAUUUGGGCCGAGAGAGUAUAGACCCAAAUAUGACAAAGACCGAGACGAAGGGAAACUGAAGGCUGAAAAGGAAUCUUCGAAAAAGGUUCCUCCAGGAAAACCCGCAGGGAAACCAGAGAUCACCACACCUGAACCUCCGCCAAAGCCCUAUGAACUGCCCAAAAUCCUGUGUGGACCAAGUCCAGCUAUGAGGGCAAAGCUCCGCAAGCAAAGCCUGGAAACUGGCAAACCAGCACCCGCAACCAUGACCCCGACUUUUGGAAAGUUCACAUGGAAGAAACGGGAGAAUGUUCUGGCGAAGGAGGCGGAGAAAGUUGCAGCAGAGUUCAUCAAGGAAGACGAAGCAGCUGCAAAGCAGAACCCGAUCUCAGUGGAGGAUUCCUUUGCAAAAUCUAUGGCUGUUGCAAAGGAGAUCGCCCAGAAACUGGGGGGCCAACAAAAUAUGCCUCCUCCCUGGGUGUCCAACAGCGCCAACCGCGGAAGGAUCCGGCCCAACCUUCCUGCACCCGCAGGAAGGGGAAACCGAAGAACGGCCAUGAUGGGUAGACCGGCACCACUAAAUACUUUCCUCUCUAUUAGACCCCAAAACUUUGGUUUACAGGGGCAGUUUCAAAAAGAACCAUUGUUCUCUGAUGGUCUUAUGAAGGCUAUGAAUGCUCAGAACGCACUGCUUGAAGGUAAAUCUCAGCCCCCAGCUGCUACACCUGAGACAGUCAAGGCUACGCCUGCACCGGCACCUGCACCGGCGCCUGUACCGGCACCAGUACCUGUGCAGGCACCGGUGCCUGCACCUGUGCCAGUACCAGCGCAUGCGCCGAUGCCUGCACCUGCACCAGGAAUGUCAAGACCUCCACCAUUUGAUGCUAAACAUCCGCCGCCAAUGUCAAGACCCCCGCCAUUCAAGGCUAAACCUGCACCACCAGUUUGUAACCCUGCACCACCAGUGUGUAACCCUGCACCACCAGUUUCUAAACCUGCCCCAGUGGAAGUAAAGCUGGCACAACCUGUGAUGACGUCAGCACCAUCUCAAACUACCCCUGCACAAUCGGUUGCUAAACCAACACAACCAACACUGAUAAAGAUAGUGUCUGACGUGGCAGCUCCUGGCGUCCCCGAGAACGAGCAAACUCGUACAGUGUUUGUCAAACCUCCACCUCUCAAGAGCAUGGCUGACGUAGCUCAGAAGUCUGAGAAACUUAAGAGUAACCUGGCUGCAGCCAAAGCCCAGGACUUAUUUGACAUCUUCUACAGCAGUGUUGGCCAAUCAGGCCCGUCCUCCAUCACCAAACCAGUCACAGAUGUCAGACCUGAUGAGAGCAGCACCAAUAAAAGUCAACUUUCUGCCCUGCAAGCACCAAAACCACAAUCUCAGAGUAAACCUGUUACCCAGUCCCAACCUCCAUCUGUGGUCUGUAAAUCUCCGCAACCAGACUCAUCAGGUACCCACACCCAACCAGACUCAUCAGGUGCCCACACCCAACCAGACUCACCAGGUCCCAAAACCCAACCAGACUCACCAGGUCCCAAAACCCAGGUAGACUCACAAAGUCCGGAAUCCCGCCAAGAAUCGGACAUUCAGAUCGCAUCUGUUUGGUCCUUACAGCCCACCCCAGCCACAACACUUGAGGUGGCUCCAUCUGAAACACAAAAAACCCAGCCACAACUUAAUCCACCAGCCCAGUCUGAAGCUCAGAGUGUACCCCAAAACCAGUCCUCGACUUCUGAAUCUGGGUCCCAAAUCACCCCACAAACCAAGUCUUCUAACCUGGAGCCAACACCUCAGACUCAGUUUCAGCCUAAACCAGCCACUCAUAUCCAAACAGAUCCCCAACCAGACCAGGACAAUCAGCCCCAGUCCCAUCUAGAGACCCAUUCUAGCACUGCUCCAGAACCUGAACCCAAGCCAAGCCCCAAAACUAGAGGCAAGAGAACCCCUCCUGCCCCCCGCCCUGUUCGACAAACCAGAUCCCAAACCAGAUACCAGACCCGGCAGCAGCAGCAGAGCCAGUCCGAGCCAGAGCCAGAGCCUGAGCUACCUUCGGGAGAUUCUGACUCUGUAACUUCAGAUCCAAAGGGGCUGGACACGUCAAAUCCUGGCUCCAGGUCAGAGCCAGAGGAGGGGGCACCCAGAGAGGAGGACUCUAAGAAGGAGGUCACCCCUGAAACCCUGGGCCUCCCCUCAGACAUGACUUCCCUGAACUUUGAUUAUGAUUUUAACUUUGAGUAGGAGCUGACCGGACUGUUUCUGUAGAACCACUUGUACAACCUUUCAUCAAUAAUUUUCUGGACUUGAAGGUAGCUGGAAGAGGUGGGGAAGACACUGAUGGACUUUAAACACUGACCUUCAUCUGUCUGAUGUUUAGUGAUACCCUGUUGUUGUCUGUCUUUUCUAGAGCCUAAUGCUUCAGAUGGAUUUCACUUUAAGUCCGGUGAGUCCAGAACAGACAUGAGUCCUGGAUGUGAAUAAGCACCUAGAAGGAUAGUGAAGGAUUGACCUGCCCACUUGCUCAGUGAUAUGCUGGUAGUUGUUGAAUUCGAUGUUUGGAUUGGUCAGGUUUAGGUAAGAGGCAUUAAGAUUUGUCAGGGUAAGACUGUCACAAGCAGAGUAAGGUGGGCCAUUCUUUCGCUUUCCCAGGAAAUUCAAAUUCACAUCCAGGUCAUCUGUAGACCUGAAACGUAAUCAUCACCAAAGGGACAAAAAAACAACAAUCAGUGUCAGAAUAAUUUGUACAAAGUAUUUCCUUUGGGUUACGGGAUACUUUGUGUGGUCAGAAGGUUCGGAUCUGUUGUUCGUGGUCGUCAGACCCAAUCUCAGGUCCAUCCAAGGUUCAAGGGGUUAUUCAAAGGUUCUGAGAGACGAUUGACACGACAAGAAAUCUGAAAAAUACAAUUUGUGAAUUUCAGAAUAUUUCUUCAUCAGGCGUCUACAAUUACAAAAAUAAGCACUUUCUGUUUGCUACCUAUGGAAAUGUGGAGCCAUUGACUCGUUUUAAAGGAUUACAGGUGGAAACAUUCACACGUUUGUCAAACUGAUAUCCACCGUCUCACCUGACUCUGAAUUCAAUGUGACGCUGUUCCUUUAAAGGUCACGGUUCUGUCUUUGUCACAUGGCCACAGGUUUAAACGUCCAACACAUCACCUGUUGUUUUUUUCUUGUUUUAUAUUCAAGUUUAUUUUUUCCUUUUUUAAAUGACGAAGAGUCGGACCAAAAUCAGCUCAGCGAGUCGACGUGUUGACGCUCUGAUCCGAGAUCAGUGUUUGGGUGUCGGAAAGAAACCAACUGCUCGUCCUGUAAAAUCUGUUACUCCAUGUAGAGUUUUAAUAAAAGUUAGUGGAGAAACGA